AUGAGGGCCUCGUUUGGUCUAGUUGAGCUCGCUGUAAUACUGUUGUUGACAUUGGUGUUGACAUCAAACAUUGUAAAUGGCCAAGAAGAUAUCCCAACAUGGUGUGGCAAACCGUAUAAAAAGGGCCAACAAGAUCCAGGUCUCAUAUCUCCUCCAUUACCACCGAAAAACACGACAUUAAUCCUGCAAGUCAAACCAAAAAUCCAACCUUACACGAACGAAACGGAAGGUGCUUUUAUAGUGAUUUAUAAUGGAGGUGCUGGAAGUAAACGUGAGAAAUGGAGUAAAAAUCGUGGCUCGUACGUGCUUAGGUGUGUUAGUGCUGAUACUGGAAUGGAAUUCGUCAACUUGAUGUUGGAGUUACGCAAAGAGGGUGACGAGGUCGACGUAGUCUUUUCCCUAGAUGUCUUUGAACGGCGGAUGAAUCCUUAUAUUAUUACAGCCACCUUGUUGGAUUCCAUCUCGAAGGAGGCUAUCGCUACUCAAACUGUCAACCUGUCGGUUCUGCCAGCUGUCAAUCCAUUUGGAGGAUCCAUCACGAAGCUGCUCAUUCCGGAAGGAUAUAUUGUAACCGAUAGUGUGGAAGAACCCGUAUUAUAUCCAUAUGGUUACUAUACUUCGACGCCGUGGCUCUUUGAGAUGCCGUUUAAACGAGUCGUCACUAUGGCAAAAGCCGAUAAUACCAUGAUUCAUCCAUGUCCGCCUUACGAUCCUAUCGCCUCUAUGCAUCUGUUGUUUGAUGCUGCUGAAGCUGCUGGUGUGACUAUCAUGUAUGACAUGCGUCACACCUUCAAGAAUCUGACUUCUGUCAGGGAGCAAGUCUUGGAGUUUCGUUCUCGUAAAUCUUUGUCAGUUUGGUAUACCGCUGAUGAGCCUGAUGGAUUCUCGGAUAGUCCUGAUGUGACUAGAGCGGCCUAUGAGGUUAUUAAGGAACUGGAUCCGUACCACCCAGUCGCACUGGUACUAAACUGCGUAGCAUUACCCACAUAUUAUACAUCAUCAGCAGAUAUAUUGCUCACAGAUCCAUAUCCUGUCGGUAUUAACGCUACGUGGUCUACUCUUCAUGAAACGCCCUGUAAUGCUACGUAUGGAGACUGCGGCUGUGAUGGGUGUGAAGGACGACUCAUGGACGUUGCUACUCGUCUACGAACUGUUAAAGAAGAACUGGCGCCUGUAGACACAUACAAACCAGUCUGGUCUGUGCUUCAAGGCUUCGGGAGGGAGGCAUACUGGUCGCGGUGGCCGAACGAGAAGGAGAUUCGUGUAAUGGUAUAUUUAGCAUUGAUGAAUGAAGCGAAAGGAAUUUUGUAUUGGUUUCAUCCGCAGCCAACGUAUCCAGAGGUGUUUGGAUAUACAGGCCGUGCUGCUAAAGAAGUCGCACAAGUUGGGCCUGAGAUCUUACAAGGAAGUCGGCUGACAAUAACAAUGUUAGAAGGUCACAUAGAGGCUGCAGCAUGGCUUCUGGCUAAUGGACUUUUACUAUUUAUGCUUGUUAAUCCGGACUCGCAGGCUAUACCAAGGUUUCGUCUCAGAAUUGAGACUGAAGGGUUUUAUGACUGGGAUGGGAGUGCUGGCAGUGUUGAGGUGAAUGUAUAUAAUAGCAUUAUCUCGGGGAGAUAUUUCCCGCCAGAAGAAGUCUUUCGUGGAUCUGCUAUAAAAUCGAUAAUGUUGCCUACUAAGACUGCUGAUGAGACACCUCAUCACGUCCCUCGGAGCUCACUAUUUCAUCCAGGGCAUUCAACUGCAGUCAAUAGACUAGUAACCAAGCUGAUCAAGCCAUCAGAACUCGUCGUAUCUGAUGUAGAAACGAACAAUAUCCAUGCAAACAACCUGGACCGGUUUGUACUGUCUGAGAUCUUGCCCUACAUUUUAAGUCAAUUCUCGUCAACAAAACCGAACAGUAAUGGACGUCACGGUACUGGACACGAUCCAGAUCGGAAAGAGUCAUCGUCUCGGUGUGAGGCUGCUCGUUCGCUUUUACGGGCCUUGAACUAUUCUCUGCAGAUUGAUGAAGCUGUAAAACAGGAUUUGCAGAGUCAUGCUAGUACAACUGCAGAUCCAGUCGUGACCAAUGGACGAGAAGUGAGGCUAUUGUGUCUGGUAUCCCUUGUCAGCAUUAUGAAGAAGCUGGAUGGGACAAAAGUGGCUAGUAUAUUCAGACCGCCAAAGAACUACAAAUCCCGAUAUCAGCCGCCAUCGUCUCAAGACGCUAUGCAAGUGAUCUUGUCAUCCUUCCUCACACUCCUCGAUUUUACGAAUGUGCCAGCAUGGCAGGCACCCACCAUUCCUGAAGAUCUAGCCCUGAAAGCCCAGUCUGUCUUGCCUAGCUUUAUAGAAUCCAUUAGUAGAAUGGUCGGUGGAGCGUCGGAACGCAAAAACGUAGGGGACUUGGAAGUUGCUGAAUGCCUCAUCAAGAACAUGAUUAAAGGUCUCACACGGCUAGCAUCAGCAUCGAAUGCAUCCGACGAACAAAUCCAUCUCACUGCAUCUGCUCUUGCUGACCUCAUACAUAUAUUACCAUCAACGAUUCACCCACAACGACCACCGAUAACUAUAAAGAUCCUAUCGCAUCACCUCGUACUCGUUAAACACAUCACCCUUCCUAUAAUAAGGUCAGCUGUUAUUCGGCCAGGAAGUGGUGCACACGCCGCCCGAGUGCUAGGAUCUUUUGGAAAUACAUUGACUCGUAUCCUCGACAUCACACCAGCACUCGCAGAUGCCGAACCCGUAUGUCGGCACGUCUCGCAUUUAUUGCAUUUAUUGUCUCGUGUUGUGUUAGAUGCUGCAGCCGAAUACUAUGCAACAACCCAGAAGCGAGACGCUGAGAAUUAUAUGUGCUUGGAACCAGAGUGGGCCACUCAUAUUACACGUUGGGCUUUGGAAUCCCAAACACAUCGAAUGGUAUCCUUCUUUAUAAUGCCCAUAUUGCAAUCAUUCUGCUCUGCUAGUCGGAAAAGUUGGGCCGCUGGUCUACAAAUCAUCACAGACAUAUAUAGGGACAUGUCUCGUGAAGAGUCUUUUACUCCAACUCCCGUCCCAAGUGCGAAUGUCGGGAUCUUGAAAACCCUUAUAGCAGUCUCGAGGUGUCGUCCAACCUCAUCCGAUAGUGAUUCGAGAGCCACGGAAUUGUAUCGUUUAUUUUCUAUCAAGGCAAUGUCUGCAUUGCCGGAUUCGAAUCAAGAGAUCUUAAAGGCUUUUGUGAAUCUAUUCGAUGAUCCAAACCCUCAUGUCAGAGAUGUAGCUGCCAGAUCUGCAGCCAUUUUCUCUAUGAAUGCUGAUCUCAUGGACGGCCGUCAUCAUAAAUACACCACAAUCGAUACUACCGUGUGCCAUAAAGAUGAUGGAACUUGUAGUCGACAUAUACCAUCUUCUAGAUCUGGUGAACGGAUACCGGAAAUGCAUAUAAAUAAUCCCUUUAGACUUCUGACGACGGCAAUGGACGAACUAGUAACGGGCAACACCAGAAACUGUGUCGAAAGCUAUCGUACGUGGGCCCGGGAUCUUACGAGGCACAUGUUUUAUGAUUGUGAUAUAGUCAAGACGGCACAAUAUGAGGAUGAUCGACACCUGUCGAUUCGUCGACUUGCUACGUCGCUGGAAAAGAAGCUGUCUAUGCCUGAUAGUCCUAGAGUAGUAGCAGAUAUCGCCGCAUACGUCUUCAUGGGUGUAUUGGAAGGGUCUCAACCGUCACACAAGUUGGGCAAUGGGUUGGCUUGUAAUGAGCUCGUAUUCCGUAACAUUGCUCUUGCUCUGUUUAUAUUACGGCACGAUUCCGAUGUUGACAUAAGAGUCAUCGUCUUGGAAUGUCUAGCCAAAUGCCUGGGAAUGGUUCCGUGGCAAGUGGUUGAUAGUGCCGAUUCAGACGAAUCAUCGCAUUCGACCUCAGAACCUACAUCCGACAUUUCUACACAUAUACCCGAUAAUGAUGAAGAAGUAUCGUCUCUCGUAUUGCUGUAUCGUAUAGCUCAUGGUAUUUCACCCUUCUGUGAAGAUCCUCAGCCAACAAUCCGACCUGAUAAGACGGAUGGAGAACCUCAAAUACGUAAAUGGGUCACAAUGAUUUCCGAAUUUGCUCGUGAACGACAUCCAUUCAUAAGUGUAGUAGAGCCCAAGUCUGCGCGAAUAGAUCCAUCUCAGAAGGUUAUGAAGCAUCGAGAUGGACCAGGAACCGAUAAGACGGUCUUUCACUGGAAGACGUCCUCUAAACUGUACGAGGAAGCCAUUAGACAAGCUGAACAACAAGCAGCAACCAAUGAUAAAAGUGUAUGGUGGGCUGCCGAGAAUCAAAUUAGGCAUAUGACACCAAUGGAUGAAGUUACGGAUCCAACCUCUUCACUGGAACAUAAGCACAUCAUUCACGAUACGUCAGAUGCUGUCAGCGAUCCGACUAGCAAUCAUGAAGUACAAGUCUUGUUGCCUUAUGAGCAAGUAUCGGUACUUGGUAAUGCUCAAAGAUUCUUUGACGAUGCAUUGAAAGAUGUAUCUUUCUUGGCCCGACCACUACCGUCACGACCCAGCGGUCAGAACAAUGGUUCCAUAGGACGGUAUGAUCGAGAUCCUGUCUAUCAGAACCGUGCAGAAGCUCCGUCAUUGCUGGGUAGACGCUUCUGUAGUGAAGCUCUCGACCAAGACAACCAGCACCACGAUCACCAUACAAGUAGUAGUAAAGACCAUGCACCGGCUGUUCUUGUUGAUGCUCUUAUAGACCACUUGAAGACUCUGGAAGACUUGGAAAGAGUCACGGCCGAAGUAGCUCAAAUCCGACAAUCGGCAACACGAGCAGAAGUGGACGAUGCACCAAAUGCAACUCCCAGCGUUAUGAAAAACGAUGCCAUUGAAGACGGAGCAAGUAUUGGUAUGCCGUCAUUGACUCGGGAGGCAUCUCUUGUUGGUCUGAAUGUCAACAAUAGCAGGAGAGAUUCAUCGCAGGAUUGGAAACCUGUAACCGGCCUUGACAUGUCUCGAGCUCUGGAAAAUGUGUCUGCAGUAGAAGUCAUUCGUAAUCCCGAUGAUAGUAUAAAACCAGAUCUGUUGGCUAUUACACUCGACAAUGUCCAGGUUGGCUCCGAAAUCUUUAAUAAUGUCUCGGAAAAAUUGGACACUGAACUACCAGCAAAUGGAGCAGGCGUGGACGCAGAACCCCCUCUAAACAAUGAUUCAGGACCGCCAAUUAUGGAGGAGGCCUCCCACGAUGUAGUUAUAGAAGUUCCAGUUGAUGAUUCUCUACGAUUGAGUGAAACAUUGGAGGCUCAUAUAAAUUCAUCAAAAAGGACUAGUCAGAUGGAAGUAAAUCAAGCAAAAUAUCAGGACGACUAUAUGCAUCUCGACGAGAUUCUGCAUGCUAUACCACAGGCCAGCCCAGCUUCUCGAGUAGUGGCCAACUUUCCUCUAGUUGAUGCAGAUGCAGCUGGUACAAUAUGGUCAUUACAGCGAGAUGUCGCUCUAGAUGAGAUCGAUCCUGUAACGAAUAUAGCUGAUCUUGUUAAUGCUGCCAUUGUUGGCCAUUCAUCACAGGAUGUCAUGUCGGCUGUUACUAGUAGUGCCAUUCCACCAUUUUCUGGAGAGCCUAGUCGAGUAGGUGAUACGGAUAGGUCACCCCUUAGCUUUGAGUGGACUGGUAUGACUGAACAUGAUGAUGCUAAAAAGCCCAUUAUUCAUAAUCCAGAAUCUUCCAUUCUCCCACCGCGUAUCAAUUCCCCUACAUUUGAUCCACCAUCCGUUAUUCAAUCGCAAUCCGUCAAUCGUGGUCAACCAGGGCCAUUAAUACGAACUCGUAUAAAAACAGCACUUGAUCUGACACUACGCCAUCUAGUGUUCUCAGCGACGUCUGAUGUUGGAGUAGACUAUCUAGAACUAUACGGAACCGGUAUUCACUAUGGUAGCAUUGCACGAUGGGAGGGUAUUCCUGCUGUUGGUGAGAUUGACACUCCAAUACUUGGCAAAGGAGUUUCAUAUAAAGUAUCAGAAGCACUACAUCCAGCCCUGAAGGAAGCUUUCAAACUGGACUCUAGUCUCCUCAUGACCAUAUGUGCUAGCGUUGAUAUUGAAGGUGUAGCAGGAGGAGCAGAGAAUAAUAAAUUUAGGUCAUCACCAGCCGAGAAGCUUGAAACAUGGUUGUCUGGGCUGGUACAAAUCCACCGCCGAUUGUUGCCAAUAUCGAAAUCAUUACGACGAUUAAGUACCUCUACGAAACGAGCCCCUACUGCUGCUCAAGCUCUAGUCUUGCUACGAGAUCAAGGAGAGAUAUCUAGAAUUGCUGCGGCACGAGGUGGGAAUGAGCUGAGUCGUUUGCUGAAUACUGAUGUAUUGGGACAAAUGAAUGGUGGCGGGGGUAUGAAUUCGUUUCUGGAUUGGAUAAAACCGUCUUGA